AUGGCGGCGAGCGAACACCACGAUGAUCGAGGGGCCGACGAUGAUAACCAUGACGAGACUUCUGCACGCCCCGUCUUCUCACCGGCGGAGCCGGUCGAGGCAUUCCCGCCUAUGCCCCCAUUCGUUCCCGAGAACACGACACACGACGAUGGCAUUCUGAGUGCCAAGAACGAUAUUAAAGUGUCGCACAUACCUCUCCCUCCAUUCCCAAAUGUGUCUGCAAGCGCACCCCCUACGUCGACUCUCCCUACCAUUCCCGGUGGCCACUCCGACGAAGAACAGUCUUCCGAUACCUCAUCCAUGCAUAGCAAGCCCGAGAAGCAGGACUCGUCCAACUCCUCGUCAACCUCCGAGCCUGCGACCGCUGCUGAGAAGAAGGAGGCUGAGAAAAAGGACGACGUGGCACCAAAGUCGAGGGCCAGGGCCGGAUCGAGCUCCGCAUCCAUGAAGAAGAAUCAAAGCCACGAUAAUGUUAGGAGAUUAUCUGUCGCAGGGAUACAACAACUCACCGCCCCCGAAGCUCUCCCUGUCGCAGUCGUUCCCGACCAAGCCCCCGGCGGUCAAGGACAAGAGCUGCCCGCGCGCUCUCCUCUCGCCGACGAGCUCGAAGCAAUUCGACAGUCGAUACUCAGUCAACCCGACUCUCUGCGACCAAACGGACCUGUGACGGACGGCGGUAACAGGUCUCGAUACCAAGACGAGCCAAGGCGACCUGUCUCGGGCAGAACGCUCUCGACUCCCCCGACUAAUCGACGACAAUCACAGUCACAAACCACUUCGCCCCGCCGAAAUUCCUUCUACGCUGUUGCCAGGCCACCGCCUCUCAAUCUUGAUGCCACCAGCCACUUCAACGCAAUAAACCCUCAGCCAACAAGUCAGAACAAACAACCACCACCACAGAUUCAAGUACCGCCGCCAACAAAGUCACAGCGAAAUGAUCCUUUCCCGCCGUCGCCCCUCCCUCCCUCGAUACCCCUCCCGCCUAUGUCUAUACCCACCCACCUUCAGUUGGAAUUAGCAGCCCAACGACCGAGCCCUCUAUACAUACACCACUCGCACACGAACGAUAUACCUUACGAGUCCUACGUCGUCAAGUGGGAAAGACUCAAAAAUGUUCUACUACUGCCAACAUUUCUGGAGAGAACGCUCUAUUUCGGAGCUCUGGCUUGUCUCGACGCCUGGCUCUACAACUUUACGAUUCUACCCAUGAGGUUUACCAUCGCCCUCGGAGUAUUGUUCAGGUGGUGGGGUUACAUGGCCAUCAAGGAGGCACGGUUUAUGGUUGGCUUCGUUUGGUACGGAUUGGGUAGGGUAUGGGCCAGAGCGAGAAGACCCAGGGCAAGAAGUGCGCUGUCCGCUCAAAAGGGUGACAACGAUCAACUUAUCAGCCGCGACAGGAGUCAGAGUCGGCCGCCGGGGCGGAGAUCAUCUGCUCCAGCCACGGACAUGAGGUUCCCUGACAACAUCCCAGCCGUCCACGUCGACUUGGAUGCGAAGGCGAACGGCAAUGGGGUAGCUGAACAUGAGGUCAGGUUGAAUGGGAAUGGCCACAUCACUCAUAAGAUGAAUGGACCAUCCAGUCAUCACCCUCCACACCCUUCGGCCUCUAGAGUGCAUCGACAUCGUAGGACGAAAUCGAUCCCCUCCAACCUGUCUUCCUUCCAUAAAGCCGAUCUCCUGCAAGGUGCUGUCAUACUUUUCAGCUCGCUCUUCCUCAUGAAGUUGGACGCCAGUCGAAUGUAUCACUUCAUUCGAGCUCAGGACGGCAUUAAGCUCUAUGUCAUCUACAACGUCCUUGAGGUCGGGGAUCGCCUUCUCUCAGCCCUUGGUCAAGACAUCUUUGAGUGCCUUUUCAGCUCCGAAACAUUAUCGAGAAAUAGCUCCGGUCGUUCCAAGGUGCUCUUGCCGUUGGGCAUGUUUGGACUUGCGCUGGUUUACAACGUCAUCCAUUCUGUGGCGCUAUACUACCAAGUCAUUACGCUCAACGUGGCUGUCAAUUCUUAUUCGAAUGCUCUGCUGACUCUCAUGAUCUCCAACCAAUUCGUUGAGAUCAAGAGCACGGUUUUCAAGAGAUUUGAAAAGGACAACUUAUUCCAGCUGACUUGUGCAGACAUUGUGGAGCGUUUCCAACUCUGGAUUAUGCUGUUCAUCAUCGGCAUGCGCAACAUUGUGGAGGUCGGUGGGCUCUCUGUACCUGGAGCAGGGUCUGAGAACAGCGAUCUUGGAGGAUCCGGUCCUAUGCCUCUUCACAGCCCUUCGAUCCUACCGUUCAGUUUCACGAUUCUUCCAUCCUGGGUUUGGUCAGGCGAGGUGCUGUCCCCCUUUCUCAUUGUCAUUGGCAGUGAGAUGCUAGUCGACACAAUCAAACACGCCUACGUGAACAAGUUCAACAACAUCAAGCCGACAUUUUACAGCCGCAUCCUCGACAUCCUGUGCAAGGACUAUUACACUAAUGCAUUUGUUUCGCCUUCACUAACGAGACGACUGGGUCUGGCCGUCAUUCCACUCUCAUGCUUGUUCAUCCGGGCCUCUGUCCAAACAUACCACAUGUUCCUCUCAACGCGAAUAGCUACGCCCAUCGCAGAGUCCACCCAGACUUCACUCUCUGUCGAGUCUGCGACACCAUCGUCGCCUGCCAUGGUGGCGGCACUUGACCGUCUCGAUACCUUACUUCGGGACGCUUUAGGUCGAGCCGUUUAUGGCUACCCUUACGGGGAGCCAAGCGUCCAGAGCAGGGCAUGGUGGACCUGGACCAGCGACGACGUGAUUGCGGCAGUGACCAUGAUUGUCGUCUUCUUCAUCGCUUUCUUGGUCCUUCUGAUCAUCAAGCUGCUGCUAGGCAUGGUUCUGCUGCGAUAUUCCCGGACCAGGUAUGCCAAGAUGAAGCGUAGGGAGCACAUGGUGGCAACUGGUCAGGAGGAGCGCGAGGUCUACGAUGCUACUGGGAAGAGAGUUGGCGGUUAUGGUCAGAUCGAGGUCACGGACGACCGGCGGAGGUGGAUUCACGCUGAUGACAAGGAAGGGUUAAAGGGAGGCAAGGGAAGGGCUCAGAAACCGGAAAGACCACAAGAAGGCGACUAUAACGGAGUUCAACGGUACGAAAUGGUCGCGAAGAGGAUUUGGUGA